AUGUCGCUGGAUCAUUUGAAGCCACCUGGUGACGACAGGAGUCGUUCACCUAGUCGUUCCCCCCGUGAUGCGGACAAAGUGCCGCUGGAGUCGAUGGAUUCGACCUUGGACGUGGCCAAAUACAUGAUCUCAUGCAAGACCCGAUGCUGGGAGACCCAAGCAUUGGACAUUUUCAGAGCGGCGGGCUUCGUGGUGAUCAGCGAGGUGUUGUCCGAGCACCAGUGCCAAGAAGUUCUCAGUGCAUGUGAGGAAGUAGCAGCACAGAUCGUGGGGCCGGAGCAAUGGGGCAAUCGGAGCAAUCGUGGCCGCUAUAGCUUUGGAGUCGCCUCUUCCACGGGUAGCAUUCUGCACGUGCCAGAGAUCGCUGGCAAUCUUCUGGUCCAGGCUGGCUUGGUCUUGCACCCAUUGCUGGAGGAGAUUUUUUCCAAAGAUGGCAAGGCAGACUUUCUGUGCUACAGUGGGGGGGGAGACUUUGUGCUCCCUGGCGUCAAGGAUUAUCAAUUCCUGCAUGGCGAUAUGCCGAUGGCACCUGGGGAUGAUAGGAUGCCGCCACCGUUCCUCUCGGUGAACUUCUGCGUGCAACCCUUGACAGCUUUGAAUGGCCCCAUCCGCUUGGUUCCUGGAAAGACGGAGCGCGACUGGGACCGUCGUCAAGAAGAGCCUCCAGAAUGGCGUAGCUCACGUCUCUUUCCAUGCCCGGCAGGCGCGGCGCUGCUGCGUGACGUGCGCAUUCUCCACGCAGGGACGCCGAACUGGUCCGCCGCGACGCGCUUCCUGCCCAGCAUCGAAUACAUCAGCGGCGGCCUGCGGGCGACGCAGGACGAGGCCAUGUUCCCACCCAGCCGCUGCAUUCCCCGAGGUUUGUACGAGACGCUGCCGGAGCCCAUCCAGAUUCUUUGUCGCGAACUGGUUGCAGAGCAAGGAUCUGAACCAGAGAAUGAAGAUUCGGAGAACUUGAAGCCGUGGCAGAGCAGAUACUGGCACGGAGUGACCUACGAACGAGCUUGA